AAUGGAGUAACCAGAUGCUUCAUCUAUUGCAUAAAAUAACUUGACUGGACUAGCAACAGUGCAUGGAGGAAAUGAAUAAAACAAAUUACUUCAUAAAUUAAGUGAUUAAAGUAGUCCUAUGAAAACAGACAUUUAGAUAAAUCCAAAUAAAGAAAUAUAUACAGAGGAAGAAAUGAAGAACUUUACAAAAAGAGGAAUAAUUUCAUUGAUAGGAGGUGUAAUUUUACAUAUAGAAUUGGGAACUUUUUAUGUUUGGGGUUCAAUUAGUAAUAAAUUAAAAAUAAUUUUUUUUUAGGUCCAUAUGUUUGUGCUUGGAUGAGAGAAAAAGAUACUGGAGUAACACUAAAUUUUAUGGCUAUCAUCUUUCCAAUCCUAGGAGUAAUAACAAUGUCAGUCCUUUCAUUUGGUAUAAAGAUUGCUGAGAAAAUUGGAUUUAAAGUGACAAUAGGGAUAGGAUCAUUUACUAUUGCAUUAGCUUUCUUGAUAAUAUCAUUUAUCUAAGAAAUAGGAGGAUUCAUAGCAGUGUAUUGUAUAAUGGUUGGUAUUUCUGGAGGGUUAUUGUAUAUGUUACCAAUUAUUUGUGGAUGGAGAUACUUCCCUAAUAGAAGAGGUUUAGUAUCAGGAUUAACAAUUGGUGGAUAUGGAUUUGGAUCAUUUAUAUUCAAUUUUGUAUGCAAAGCAAUAGCAAAUCCUAACAAUAUAAAGCCAUCAGUAAUAGAAGUUGAAGAUGGAAAAGAUGUGAAAUACUUUGAUAGUCAAGUAGGAGAUAAUGUACCAUUGAUGUUACAAGUACUUGCUGCAAGCUAUUUUGGAUUGGGAAUUAUAGCAACAAUAAUGGUUAGAUAUCCAUCUGAAAUUGAUCCUGAUAAAAUGUUAGCUACUUUAGAAGCAGAAGAAAAAAAGAAAAGAAAAGAGGGUGCUCCUGCUCCUGCUCCUCCAGUUUUACCUGCUCAUAAAGAAUGUGUCGAAGUGUAAUAUAUAAUAUUUAUAUUUUUUAGUUCUAGAGGUAUGAAACAUCCAUCUUUUAUAAUUCUCCAAUUGAUUGUUUUGAUGUCUUGUACUUUUGGUAUGUUGAUAUCUAAUUGUUAUAAAUAUUAUGGAUUAGAAUUGGGAAUUGAUGAUGCUACAUUAACAGCUACUGGUUCAGUUGCAGGAGUAAUGAAUGGAUCAUCAAGAUUCUUCUGGGCCACUUUAACAGAUAAGACAUCAUACAAAUUCACUUUUACUCUCAUAUCAAUUCUCAAUCUAAUAACUACUGCCAUUUUACCAUAUAAUAAAGAUGGAAUUGGAUAUCUCUUAUUGAUUGCUGUAGUCUAUCUUGCAGAAGGUGGAUUAUUGGCAACAUAUCCAGUUAUUUGUGCAAAAAUUUAUGGAAAGAAAAUUGGAGGUUUGAUGUAUGGUUUCAUGUUCUUUUUUGUUGGAGUAUCAAAUAUGAUUGGAUAUAUAUUAUAUGCUUUUGCAAGAAAGAAGAUUAAAUGGGAAGGAGUAUUUUGGAUUUGUUUUGCAUUGAAUGUUAUUGGAAUUGUUUUGGGUUUGAUACUUAAGGAAGUUGGAUAUGAUUGGAGAGAUUAGGCAGUCAUUGAUGCAGAGAAAGAAAAAGAGAGGGAGUUACAAAACAAAGGAUAAUUGGCUGCAUUUUAAAAUUGAAUUAGU